CCCGCCUGGUCCUGAGGCCCGCCGCGAGGUCCGACGGUGUCACACAGAAACCCGUCCGGGCGGAACACAUUCAUGUUCAUAGGAAGUGUCGAACACCUGGAGGCGGAACGGAAGCCAGAGGAGCAGUUCACCGGGGAGCGGUGUGCUAAGAGCACCGAGUACUGUCGUUAGUGUCUCUAUUUAUUGUGAGGCUGAGAUCCUCUCUGCCUGUGAUUGGCCGUGCGGCGGCGGCAGCUGUGAUUGGCUGUGCCCGGUGAUGCCCCGCGGUGCGGCGAGCUGCUCGGGGUGCGAUGCCGUACGUGGACCGACAGAACCGCGUCUGCGGCUUCUUGGACAUCGAGGAGCAGGAGGACAGCGGCCGCUUCCUGCGCCGCUACUUCCUGUUGGACACGCAGCAGGGCGGCCUGCUGUGGUUCAUGGACAACCCCCAGAAUCUGCCUGAAGGAGCAGAGGAGGUGGGAUCUCUGAAACUCACCUACAUCUCCAAGGUCAGCGACGCCACCAAACUGAGACCAAAGGCCGAGUUCUGCUUUGUUGUAAAUGCAGGAAUGAGGAAGUUUUAUCUUCAGGCCAACGACCAGCAGGAUUUGGUGGAAUGGAUCAAUGUUCUCAACAAGGCCACCAAGAUUACUGUGCCGAAGCCGGCCGAGGGCCACACGGAGGCCCCCCUGGAAGGCCUCGGAGCCACGAAACAGACCUCCUACAAGACUGAGAUCAUAGGAGGAGUCGCCAUCACCACGACGACGCAGGAGCAGGGGGAGGGGCAUGUUGAGGCAGAGCGUGGCGGUCUGAAACGUGGUCAACUGCCCUACUUCCUGUCCAGAGGGGCACAGGACCAGGCCGUCAUCAAGGCCGGAUACUGUGUCAAACAGGGGGCUCUGAUGAAGAAUUGGAAGAGGAGGUACUUCAUGCUGGAGGACAACGCCGUCAGCUACUACAAGUCUGACCUGGAGAAGGAGGCGCUGAGAGUCAUCCCGCUGAAGGAGAUCCACAGAGUCCAGGAGUGCAAUCAGAGUGAGCUGAUGAUGAGGGACAACCUGUUUGAGGUGGUCACCGGCUCCAGAACCUUCUACAUGCAGGCUGACAGUCCAGAGGACAUGCACAGCUGGAUCAAGUCCAUCUCCGGGGCCGUCGUCGCUCAGCGAGGACCCGGUCGCUCCGCUACCGCCGAACACAGUGACCACUCCUCUCCCUCCCCAACGUCCUCCUCCACCUUCUAUUACUCCGAGCAGGAACUACACCACCCCGGGCCCGCCGCCAUGGAGGCUGACGAUGCCCCUCCCCCCGGUGUGGCUCCUCCCCCGGCGCGCUGAACGGUGCCGCUGAGAAACCUGACGUGCAGAUUACCCUGAUUUGAUGAUGAUGAUGAUGAUGAAGAGGACACACACACACUUAAGAGAUUUUAACGUUGUGAAUUCUGUACGAAUAAUUCUGCAACUCUCUUUUGAUUAAAAUUUACAAGAAAAGA